AUGGAUUUACUCACAGAAGAAGACAUUCAAAAAUCAUUCGAUAAAUUAAAUGAACAAAAAGAAUUGAUUAACAAGCAGUUAGACAGUUACGUUUCUAGACAAUUCGUUUUAGAAUCUAAAUUAAAAAGCAUAACGAAAAUUAUUCCUAAAUUGCAAGAAUUAAAUAGUGAAGCAGAAGAAUUGUCAAAAAAUGUCACACACACGGCAUCGAUUGCUGAAAACGUUAGUGAAAAAGUUAGAAGAUUAGAUAAAACUAGAUCGCUUGUAUCUGAAUGUCAGCAAAGAGUUCAUGAUUUAUUAGAUCUUCAGUUAUGUAGCGAAGGAGUUAAAGCAGCUCUGAAAAAUGAAGAUUAUGAAAAAGCAGCUGCACACGUUCACAGAGUUCUUUCAAUUGAUCAAAAUGUAUUAAAAAGAACGGCAGACAAUAUUUCUCAGGAUCAUACAACUGUAGAUAAUUCUUUUACAUUAUUAGAAGAAGUUGCAGAGCAUUUACGAGUUGUUGUCGCUAAAAAAUUUAACGAAGCCAUAAUAGAUGAAGAUUUGGCUUCGAUUGAAAGAUUUUUUAAAAUUUAUCCCCUUUUAAACAUGCACGAUGAAGGAUUGAAAGAAUAUUCAUUAUACCUAUCAUCCAAAUUGAGACAGACAGCUGAAAAAAACCUUAAAGUCGCUCUUGACACUGCAAAAACAGAUUUAAAGCCUAAUAUCAUUUUUGCCGAUACCAUAACUCUGCUAUUGGAAGGUACGGCUAGAGUUAUUGAAACUCAUCAACCUUUGGUAGACACAUACUACGGCCAGGAUAAGAUGAUAACCUUUUUUAAAUAUGUCCAGCAAGAAUGUGACAAUCAAGCGAGUAAAAUAGUUAACGAAUUGAUCAAUCACAGAAAUUUAAAAAAUAAAAUAAAACAAGUUAACGAAUAUAAUACUCACGUGAAAUCUUUGGAAAAAAUCGAUCCCAAAUCCCUUGACAUACUUCUUGGAGAAUUAACUUUGAUGCACUAUAAAGUAGAUUUGUAUUUUAAAUUUGUUAAAAGAAAAUUAAGCAAAAAUUCAAAAGAUCCCGAAUUACUUAAUAAAAUCGAAACGUUGAUGAAAUGUUGCAAUUUAAAUUGUAAAAUGCAAGAAGUUUUAGAUUAUUACGUUCAAUUGGAAAGAUAUUUUACCGAGGAAAGCGUUUUUAAAGCUGUCGCCAUGGAUGCUCUGUUGGAAGACAGUAACGUAUCCAGCAUGGUGGACGACGUGUUUUUCAUACUUCGUAAAUCCAUAAGACGAGCAGCGACAAGCGGAAGCAUAGAAGUUGUUUGUUCGGUUAUAAACAACGUGAGAACUUUAUUGGAAACAAAAUAUUGUCCCGUAUUAAAAAAACAAUUGGAACAAGGAUAUUCUACGGGGUAUUUAGACGUUGCUCAAGCCUACACGUCCGUACGUUUACAAAUCGAUCCGGAAAUCAAAGCGAAAUCAUUUUUGGCAUAUUUAAACAACGCGGACGUGACACUCGAAUACCUUCAAACUUUAAAAUCGAACGUAACGGAAGAAAUAAUACGUUCGUUUCCGCAAUUGACCGAAAAGGAUAAAGAAAAAGUCGCCAUUUGUUUAUCCGAACUUUUUUCCGGUGCCACGAGCAUAACAUCAUCGAUAAUCGAUUACGGUAUGAAACAUUUAAAAGAAAGCGCGAUAAAACCGAGGAUAAGUUCGUGGUUUGCUUCGUUCACGGAAAACAAUCACGAACUCACCGAAGAUGAAUUUACGAGUUACGAAGCAAACGAACCCUUCGUGAGAAAACUAAUAUCGAAAAUCGACGAAUUUUUAAAUUCUUUUAAAGACACUUUGACGUCGAACAAUUACGACACUUUCGUCAAUCUCGUAACGGUCGAAAUAACGCGACAUUUUGAAAAAGUCGUUUUCAAAUCUCGUUUCAACAGACUCGGCGGUCUAGUGUUCGACAAAGAAGUUCGCGCACUCGUAGGUUUUUUAACAAAUGCGACAUCCUGGUCGAUAAGGGAUAAAUUUUCAAGGUUGUCGCAAAUUUCAACACUUUUAAACAUUGAAAGAUUAUCCGAAGUGUCGGAAUGGUACAACGCGGCCGGAAGUGAUAAACUUCAAUUGUCCGACAGACAAACAAAACGUCACGUAAAACGUUCAAAAAGAAAAAAUGGACAACCGUAUUUAUAUGAUAUUUAUCCCUGA